AUGUGCCCCCGCCUGGCUGCAGGGCCCCUCCACUUCUGAUAAACCGCACACAACGCACAGAUUCACCUUGGGAAACUUUCCCUUCUUCGCUUUUAUAUUUAUGCACUUCUUUCUUUUAUAGGCGUAUGUUUCCCAGUUACAAAGUGAAGGUCACUGGACUCAAUCCAAAAACGAAGUACAUACUGUUGAUGGAUAUUGUACCAGCGGAUGACCACAGAUACAAAUUUGCAGAUAAUAAAUGGUCCGUGACCGGAAAGGCAGAGCCGGCCAUGCCCGGCCGCCUCUACGUGCACCCCGACUCCCCCGCUACCGGAGCCCAUUGGAUGAGGCAGUUGGUUUCUUUCCAGAAGCUCAAGCUCACCAACAACCACCUCGACCCCUUCGGACAUGUGAGUACCGUGCUGGGAUACGGCCGGGAGACGCGGAUUUGUGCUUCACAGGGCGAUCGUGGGAUGCCACGCACAAUCGGGUCCCUACGAGUGGCAUCGCAUUGCCAAGAGCCACCGAACUUGUAGUCUAAAUCCAUUAUCUGUGUGGGGUAUUAUCUUCUCCCCUGGUAAAACGGGAUGAGCCCCA